CUCCUACCUUCUUUUAUAUCUCGAUAACUCCUACCCUCUCCAGUAAAGUUCCUAUGUACGAUCUAUGAGCGCACACGAGGAAGAUAAUAAUGUCCGCGUCCAGUUUGAAUGCGGUACGAGUGCGUUUGUGUUUCGAGUAUCCCCCGCCUGCGGUGUCGGACUGCUGCAUGUGUUGGUUGUUUGUUGACCUAAAAAAGUGUUGCGUGGUGGGGGAUCUUGCGAGCAUCAUGAGGGAAAAGUUCGAUUUCAGUCCCGGUACGAUUUUAAACUUGUUCAUUGACGACUGUUACUUGCCUCCCAUGGAGACCGUUUACGUAUUGCGCGACAAUGAUAGCAUCAGGGUGAAGGUAGAAAAUCAGCCACCAGUGAAUGACAUUGAAGCCAGCAGUAAACCUGAGGGCCAGUUCCAGAAAGCAAAUAAAAGACUCAGAGAAGCAGACGAGGAUAACGAGGGGUUAAGGGUGAAGAAGAAAGCUCCGACAGAGAGCCAAAAGGUGGAUCCCCAACCAGUCGUGGAGGCGAAGGAGAAGGAGAAAAAGAAAAAAAACAAGUCGAAGGAGAAGACUCUGCCGGUCAAACCACCAGCAGCAGCAGCAGCAGCAGCGCCCGUGAAGCAGACGACCCCCGUGAAAAGUCCGGCAGUUUCUAAAUCCGCCACCAUGCCUGUUGCCACGCCCCCCCUGCCCGUCCCCACGCCCCCCCUGCCCGUCUCCAUGCUCUCCCUGCUCGUCCCCCCGCCCGUCCCCACGCCCCCCCUGCUCGUCCCCCCGCCCGUCCCCACGCCCCCCCUGCCCGUCUCCAUGCUCUCCCUGCUCGUCCCCCCGCCCGUCCCCCAGCCCCGCCUGCCCGUCGCCAUGCUCGCCAUGCCUGCCCUAACCGACGCUGCCAACGAAGAACUGUCCUCAUCAUCGGAAUCCAGUGACUGCAGCGAGGAGCUGCCUCCAGAAAAGGGCGCUGAAGUUAACUUUCCCGUUCCUUCUCCCUCCUGGGACUCCUCUCCCAGGACCACUGUGACCAAACCUGUCCCUAAGAAGACCGCCCCGCUGCGCUGGCAGUAA